CGAUAGCAGGGACUGGUUUAUGAAAGGUAGGCCCAUAAGCCCCGUUGCGGGGUUCCUUAGCGGCAGUGCUGCGGCACAAAGCGCUGGCCCCGGGAAUCUGGAGUGGAAACAUUGUGAACUAAAGCAGGGGCCAUACUCCGGAAUAGAAGCAGAAUAGGGCCUGUGGGCCAUCGAUCUCGACUGCGCGUAGAAAGACAAUUAGCGAGACUCCAGAAUAGGGUGUAACGUUCCACAAGUUUUCUUUCAGGGAUGUAUAAGUAGCACCGUGCCUCUCACUCAUGUAGCUACCUCGCUUUCAACCCAGUCAUCUUGUUGUUCGUUGUUCAUUCAUCAUGAAGUUUAUCACUGCUUUUCUCCCCCUCCUUUCCGUGGCAUCAGCCAGUUGCAUCCCCAACCGUGUCGUGCGCCGUGCGGCAGAUGGCCUGGUUGACAUCAACAAGUUUAACUACACCAACCUCGGCGGCCCCUUGAACUGGGCUGGCCUUGAUGAGGCCAACGAGGCCUGCUCCAAGGGAAGUCACCAGUCGCCCAUUGUCAUUGACACCGAUGCCAUCGAUUAUGCUGCAUCGGGCUCCCUCAAGCUCAACCUGCCCUCGGCCGACAACGCCAAGUUCGAGAACCUGGGCUCUGGUCUCGAGGUUGUCCUAACCAAUGGCUCCUUGGAGGCCAACAACAAGACCUACCCUCUCGCCCAGUUCCACUUCCAUACCCCCAGUGAGCACCGCGUCAACGACGAAUACUUCCCCAUGGAAGUCCACUUCGUUUUCCAGACUGCCGCCAAGGAGACUGCUGUCGUCGGCUUCUUCUUCCAGCUCUCGGAGUUCGGCUACUCCGUUCCCCUUUUCGACUCUGUUUUCGCUCACAUCGAUGACAUCGCCGAUGCCGGCACUUACACCACCACUGGCGAGCUGGACUUCGAGGGCCUUCGUUCUCACUUCACUCGCCACGGAGUCUAUCAGUACACUGGUUCCCUUACCACCCCUCCCUGCACUGAGGAGGUUGUCUGGUACCUCAGCACCGAGCCUCUCCCUCUCAACGUGCAGACUUACAACAAGGUCAAGAAGAUCCUGAAGUAUAACGCACGCUACACUCAGAAUGCCCUGGGUGAGGAAAACCUCUUGGAGGUUGCCGCCCACAACUUGAACUGAUUUGGGCGAUGGACGAGGACAUUAGUGAGGGCAGGGUGUAUAUAGAAAAGUUAAGCUGUUAUACGGAGUAAGGGGGUGAGGAUGGC